GCGAGUUCCACGAUGCCUACUGGUGGAUUGCCGUCGUUCGUAUGCUUGUGUGAUGCUGUUUGCACAUCUCUAAACGCGCUUGAUAAACGAUACGAAUGAGGAUAUCAGCUUCGUAUCUAGCGUCGAUAUGGUCGGUUUUUGUCACCACUGCACCUAUUUGUCCGGGUCAGGAGCCAUGCGGCUGUCCACUUGUGGAAAGCGAGAACCCGAAGUCGCCACACGAAGUUCUGUUCUACGCAAUCACAAACAAUGUCGGCACUCGCUUGGCACAAACCGUAUCACUUGGCCCUGAUGUAGUUGAUCAGGUCUUUCCACCAGUGGAUGACUCUACAGCCAAGGUGACAGCAGUCGUGUCCGAGUUCACGAGCGCGUUAGCAGCAUUACUUCCGGCAACCGAAGCUGAGCCCACAACUCCUUCUCGGCCUAUCCCAGUUGCGCAUCUAACGAAUGCCAUGACAUUGACGCUUUGGUUGAACGACGCUAUCGGUCGAAAUGGCGGCAUAUCAGGCGUCGUGUUGGAGGUCGCUUCGAGUCGUCAUCUGCGUGGCAUGGCCAGAACACGCUGGAUCAUUCAGCCCUGGCAGCCAACCUCGGGAUGCGCAUCGCCUUUCACCUGCUGCAGUUCAUAGACAGUGCCAAUCGCGAUGGCCUUGCCGAGGCCCUGGUAUCUGUCCCUGGAGCAACUGAGUCUACCAAGCGACGUAAAGCUGCUAUGGCUUGGAUUCUGAUUCCGAUUUGGAGUGCUUGGCGUACGUGUUUUU